AUGGCUGAGGAUUAUGAAGUGCUACGAAAAUUAUGGGAUGGACGAAUACCUAUUUUAAUUUUUUUAGAUGAGACUGAAUUUCCGAACCGUCCAGUUAGGCCAUUUUGUGCAAUGGUUAGACGAAUCGGAUAUUUUCCCUUAAUUCUGCCACAAGUAUUAGAAUUUUUUGGCAUUGAUGAAGUAUCUUUCUCACCAUGGCUACAGUACAAUGGAAAACCAAUCAAGCAUUACCCAAUAGGCGUUUUAUUUGAUAUUUUAAAGAUCGAUCGACUUCUUCCUUGGUCUAUAACACUAAAAACAAAGGAUUUUCCGAAUGAAAUUAUUCACUGUUCGGGGAACGCAUUGCAGAUGUGUUUCAUGCAGUCAAUAAAAGAAGCCGACCAACUAAAACAUGAUAGUAAAAUUAUUAACUCAAUGAAACCAGAUGAACACAUACAAUUAUGGAAUGGUGUUCUCCAUGAUCGUUACGAUGAAUACUGGAUUGUGAAUAGGAAGCUGAUGGAAAAUAGCGAUCAGAAUCCUUUAUUGCAUGUACCCAUUCGCAUAUAUAGGGGAGAUGAACGAUAUUACCAGCCUCUGAUCUCACCUCAAGAUAAUGAUGGCCAACUCAUUACUAUAGAAAAAGCAAUCAGGCAAUAUUUCUUCGAUGAUAAAAUUAUUCCUUUAUCUUUCAAUAUACUUCUUCCUUUGGAAACACCUAUUUUAUGGAUGUGUCAGAACUUUACUUAUGCUGACAACUUUAUUCACAUUGUUGUGACCACUAAAUCUUCUUAA